GCCCCUCCCCAACAUAAAUCCUGGCUACGCCCAUGGAUGUACACAAGUUGCAAACAAACUUUUGCAAAUGACAAAAGAAUUUCUACCUAUCGGUUGCGGUCAACCCUCAGAACCCAAUAUCUUUCAUAUGCGACUGCUGAAUGGUGGGGCACCACCCUGUUUUGUCCACAUUCUUAUCAAUAAGCCAUAUCCCAUAUUUACAAAUGGAAAAAUAGAAAAUGCUGGUCUACUUUUAUUUCCAGCCGCGGAUAAGGCACUAGGGGCAAACAUGUGGGACUACUUGUUUCAUAGAACGCUCACCCCUCAUGAAUAUUGAAAGUGCCAGGUAUAAAUAUGUAUGAGCUGCCUGUCAGUCUCUCCGCCGGGUUCCCUUCCACGCUCUUUCUCCCUGUCCUCCCGCCACCGGAAGUGCCCCGCCGACCGGCGGAUCGGGAACGGCCGAGAGCAACAUGGCGGCUACGGCAGCAGCGGCGGCGACAGGAGGAGCCGCAGCAGCAGCCGUGUCACGGACGCCGCCUGCUCGGCGGCCGGGCCUGGGCCUGGGGCUCGGCCGCCCUCCGCGCUCGGCGUCGCGCGGCCCCCGCGAGCGGCCGUCGAGCCCGUGGGAGCUGGUGAGGCCCUCGGUGACGGAGCUCUCGCGGGCCGUCAGGAGCAACAUCCUGUGCACGGUGCCCGGCUGCGGCAAAGUGCUGCCCAACCCGCCGGCGCUGAGCAUGCACCUCAGCAAGGCCCACGGCGUGCAGCAGCAGGAUGGAAAAAUAAAUCCUGCAAUAAGGAAAGACUUGAAAACGCCACAGAAAUACUACUGUUGUCCUAUUGAAGGUUGCCCUAGAGGACCAGAAAGGCCUUUUUCACAAUUUUCUCUUGUAAGACAGCAUUUUAUGAAAAUGCAUGCUGAAAAGAAGCAUAAAUGUGAUAAAUGCAGCAAUUCCUAUGGCACCAUAUGGGAUCUGAAGCGACAUAGUGAGGACUGUGGCAAGUCUUUCCAGUGUACUUGUGGAUGCCCCUAUGCUAGCAGGACAGCAUUAUUGUCUCAUAUUUAUAGGACACAGCAUGAGAUCCCUGUUGAACAUAGGGAUCCACCAAGUAAGAAAAGGAAAAUUGAAACCUCUGUAUCCAAUCAGUUGGUGAGAGAAAAAGUUAAAGGAGCUUCUGCCAGUGUCCAGACCAGAUGUACUAGCACUAAAGACUUGGAGACCUCUGAGAUGAAGCCAGCAGCUUCCUUUGAAGAUUCUAGCUGUUCCUAUACUACUAAGCAAACACAAACACAGCCAAAAAAUUCACCAAAGUUGCUUCUGCCAAAGCCAAAAGUGGCUUUGGUUAAACUCCCUGUAAUGCAGCUUACUCAAUUGCCUAUCUUUGUAUCAGCACCAGACUCUUCUGUCAAACCCGUUGUAGUUGCCGUUGAUGACAAAGGCUCUGUUAUGAGUACUGUUCACUUAAUGCCUCUGCCGGUAGGAUUUAUGAUACCGGGACUGGAGGCUGAAACACUUGCAUUUAAAAGCACCUUGCCCCUUUCAAAAACCAAAAAUACUGGCAGUGUUGAGCCAGUCAGCACAGGUAUCCAGGUCAAUUUGGGUAAAGGGGCAUCAGAUAAUACAAUCCAAGAUCUGGAAGCCAUAUGCUACAAGAACGGGAUUUGUUCAACAAAUGUGCAGACGGACUUAUCUUAUAUUUCGCAGAACUUUGUGACAUCUGCAGCCUGGACUCCUGAUUCAUCGGUGUCCUCUUGUUCUCAAACAGACCUGACAUUCAGCUCUCAGGUUUUGUUGCCAAUUAAUGUGCAGACGCAGACACUGUUACCCAGUUCAAAGUUGACUUCUUCCAUAGCUGCUCAGACAGAUGCACUUGCACAGGCUUGCUUUCAGUCAUGUGGAAUUUCUCGGGAGACUCAGACCAAUAGGUCACAGAAAGAUAUUGAUGGGAGAGUACAAAUGGACCAGGCUGUAAUGUGCAAUGACAUUUUUGACAGUGUUAGUUCAUUCAGUGAUUCAACCACAGUGGGACUUCCAGGCAGCAACUUGAUGGCUGCAGGCCUGGGUCAAAGUCUGCUGCAAAGAGGAAGUUGCAAAUCUUUGAGUCCAGACACCAAGUGUGAGCCAGUUAUCAGCUUCAGUGCACAAAGUAAUAUUCUCCCACAGCAGGUUAUGACAGACAAUCAGACCCAGACAAUGGAGUUACUGAACGAUCUUGAAACUAUUUUUUCUAAUAACACAGCGGGUCAGUCAUUGGAUAACCGUAGUCUUUUGACUGACACUAGCUCGCAUGCUGGCACACCCUUGCCUUCUGGCCCUACGCAGAACGCAGGAAUUGAUUUUGACAUUGAGGAUUUCUUCACAGCCUCCAAUAUCCAGACUCAAACAGAAGAGACCCAACUUGGCAACCUGAACUCUGAGCCAGUCUUGGAGUUGCUAGAUAUUGAAACCCAGACAGAUUUAUUUUCAGAUAAUGCCACCCAGUCCUAUAGCUGCAGGGGUAAUCCCAAUUUCUUAGGUUUGGAGAUGUUUGACACACAGACCCAGACUGACUUAAAUUUCUUUUUAGACAGCCCCUAUUUGCCUUUGGGGAGCAUCUUGAAACAGUCUACCUUCUCUAUGAGCACAGACUCAUCUGAUACAGAAACACAGACAGAAGUGCAUUUUCCUGCAAAAAAUUCCUCUAACCAAAUGGCAGAAAGCAAAGUCCAGCUGAAUAGUGCUGAAACACAGACCAUGGAUAGCUGCUUUGAAACCCUUGGCAGUUUAUUUCUUACUAGCAAUGAGACUCAGACUGCUAUGGAUGACUUUUUGUUGGCUGACUUGGCCUGGAAUACAAUGGAGUCACAGUUCAGUUCAGUCGAAACACAGACUUGUGCAGAAUUGUGUUCUCUGUUUCAGGGUCCUGAUAAAUCAAACCAUUGAGUGCUGUUCUCAAACUCUCUUUUCUUUGAGGAUUAAGUUAUGUGUGGGUAGGAGAAACUGACAUUCAAGUCACCUCCACUGAAUGUAAUUGACCACAUAUGGUUGGUUUACAAACUAUGUCCUACUAUAAGGUACUUUAACUGUUUUGUGUUUACUAAUAUGAAUCCCGUGUGCAUAUGUUCACUGCUGUGUGUUUGUGUAUGUUUGAACACUUCAUAACUGGUAGUGAUCUUGUGUCUGGCCUCUGCUAUGCUGAGUUACAUUUAAAAAAACUCUUAAGUUCCAAACUCAUAGCUGUUAGUAAUAGCUUUCCUUUGACCUUGACUAUUAAUGCAGCAGUCCUGUAUUUGGGAAGAAGUCCACUAAACAGAGUGGAGUUCUUGAGUAAUCAAACAUGGAAUUGUGCUGUGGGUUUUUUGUUUUUGUUUUUUAAUGGACCAAAACCUAGUUUUCUUCAAAUUCAGGCUCAUUCCCCAAAUCCUGAAAAUGCAGCCCUUCUCUUUUUUGUUCUUGUUUUUGGAGUUCUUUGUUGCAAUUCAGCUCUACUAGGGUUACAUCAUGGUUGUGCCCAAGAAUUUCUACAGAUUCACGCUUCCGCAUGUUGCUGUGACAUAGGCUAACAAUUUGGCAGGAAUGUGCCCUACAUACUUGCAGCAGCUUGUUGCUUGCUAGAAAACCAACCAAGUACAGAACAAGUUUUUGCUCUCUCUCUCUCUCUCUCUCUCUCUCUCUCUCUCUCUCUCUCUCUCUCUCUCUCUCUCUCUCUCUGUCUGUCUCAUCUGGCUUCUAAUUCAUAUAGAUUUAGUAAGACUUCAUAUUUGUGACUUAGGGUAGGUGGACAACUGAAUAUUGACAUCACCAUGCUAAGUGUGCAGUAGUACACUUUGGAUUGUGUACAACUAAACUAUACUCAGACUAGGAUUACUGAAAUUAAUCUAAUUUAGUCAUGUCCAUUAAUUUCAUUUGGUCUGCACAGUGUAUGACUAAUGUUGAAUACAACCCAACAUGUUUAACAUGGGUAAAUCCUUGUUGAUCAUGGAUUCAAUUUUCUUGAAACAAUGUUAGUCGCCUGUAAGGUGUUUAGUUUCUGAACAGUCUUGCCAGGUUCUAGCAGACAGUUUGGAGUUAAGCUCAAUGGCUUGCAAAAAUCUAAGGAAAAAGUAAGGAAAAGAAAGGAAGGCACCAAUGCAGAAAUGAGAGACGAUACUUCAAAUGUACACUUGGAUAUAUGUUAUUUAAUUCAGUGCAUUUUGUGUCAGCAGCUCUACUGGUUUUCAUUGCCCAAUGCACCUUUCAAUUCCCAAUGCACCUUUUUUCUUUUUAAUCUGUCCUAAGAUCUUAUGUCAGACAAUCACUUUGGAAACAUAGCUGCUAGGCAAGCUACGAGAAAGCAGUGAGUUACUAUCUGCUCAGGACAAGAUCACUAGGAAGCUCUUCUACCAAGCAAUAAAGGAAAGUGUUCAUCAAAGUAGCAGAUGGCGUGUGUUCAGCUACAGCUUUUACCUGCUGUUGGACAUACAGUUCUGUUUGUGAUUGAAUUCUUUAAAUUCAUGUUGAGCCCUCAGCUCCUCCAAGAACAACUUAUCUUUCAAAGGGCAAAAAAACUUAGGGCUAGGAUAGAGGAUCUGUGGUCCUCCAGAUGUUCCUGGGCUACAACUGACAAUUGUCCCUAUUGGCUGAGGCUGAUGGGAGUUGGGAGUUCAGCAGUAUCUAGAGAGCACCAUGUUCAGUGGUAGGGUCUGUUGUUGUCAUUGUAUAGUGCUGCUAAUGGUCUGUCAGCAAAGACACAUCACUUCCACACUGAUUUUGUGUCUUACGUUCUAAUUCUCACCCAACAUACUCUGGGCAAAGUCUAAAGUGUUAGCAACUACUCAGCGUAUCUGUUGAUGUUCUUCAGAAACUUCCAUUUCUGUUUUUUGUUUAUUGAAGAGAAUAUUCUACACUGAAUAUCCUACACUGGAUAUUUGCAAUCUUCAAUAAUUGUAUGCAGGGUUUAUUUUUUCUCUCUCCAAGCAUUUAUUCCACAGAAUUGAGCAUCAAUUUCCCACUGAGCCUUGGAUAAGCAUUUGGAAGAAGAACUCUCAACUGGGUCCUGUACGUACAUAACACUUUGGUAUGCACCAGCUGAUUGCUUCAGCCAAAGAGUGGCAAACAGCUUCCAGGUUGAUGCAAGUUACACACUGUUCUUCAAAAGUGCAUGGCACAUCCUUGAUUGAUGCUGUUUAAUGAGCAAUGAAGCUGAAAAGAUGCAGUUUGGUCAGAGUCCCAGGCAGCAGUGAAGUAAUGACAUCACUCGGGUGCACUCUUUAUGUAUCAUGCAAGUUGUUUUGAUCUAAGGUCAAUUGCCAGGAGUGGUACUGUUAUUCCUCCAUGGCCACAUGAAUUAUUUGAUUUAUUACUUGCCCUUCCACCAUAAGAUCCCAGGUUGGUUCACAACAAUUUAAAAUACAUUAAAAAGAUGGCACUCCAGAGAUUUAACUAUACCCUUGUUGGGAUGCAACUAAAAAGUCCCUCAUCCCACUGAAGCUUAGUGCUUCCAGUGCGAAGCUAGUGUCACCCGGCUUGCUGUGGUAUACAGCUUGGUAGUUGCAGUUCAGAAUGUAGUAGCCUAGGUGCACUUUUGAUUAAAGUGUCCAUGGGCACCUUGAAGUGUGUUUGAAUUGUUGAUGCGUAUCUGUGGUCAGGGUAUUCAGGCGCUAAUAUGAGUAUGUAUAUUAAGCUUUUCCACAAACAAAACAGGCAGCUGUCCUGGGUCCCCAUUAAAGUACCAUUAAUGCAGUGGAGAUCAUGUUGGUAUAUAAUCGCCUUUUUAAGUUGAUGUGAUUGUCUUUAAGCAACUACUUAUAGAUAGGUACUGCCAGUGCCAAUAAUGCAGAUUGACCUUUGGGCUCUGUUCUGUUACUGCUGUCUUAUCCUACAUAGGGUGCUUAUGCAAUAGCUCGCCUUGAAGUGCUGCUGUGACUAAAUCCAUGCAUUUCUGCUUGUGGGGGAAGAAAUGUUCCACACUCCUUGGACUCAUACCGGUAGAAGAAGACUUAAAAGCCAUCCACAGCUCAGUGUACAAAACUACAGUAGCUUAUUUUCUCCUCCAGGAAUGGCAGAUCUCCUGCAUGCCCCACUUUUGGCUAUCUUCUUUCUUUAGUAGGAGAUUCCAAGAAUAUAUUUGCUAUAGAGAGAAAAUAUUGACUCAGCCUGGUCAUAUUUGCAGAAAAGACCUAAUUUCUGAGCAACUUUCACGUUCCUGGUAUCCUUUUAAAGGAGAUUUUGAGACUGUCUUCAAAAUGAAUCUUGUAACAUUUCGUUCUUUGGUUCUAUUAAGUGUUCCCCACCACCACCAUUUCAUCAGAGUAAUUGAACCAGAAUGUUCAGUUUGCAACUGUCUGCACACAAUCCUUGUAUUUGAUUAAUAUGAGGUAAUUAAAGGGAGUCUGGUGCAUAAGCUACAUCUUCUGCCUUUGGUUUUCCAAUUCCAUAGUAUUUUCUAGCAAUCAGGGUAACCUACCUGCUAAUGAGGAAGCAGUAAACAGAUUUGAAUUUUAAAGAAUUGGUUUAUAUACAAGUGUUUAGCAGGAUUGUCACGACCUAGACACAGAGGGCCUACUUGCAUGACACAAUAGCUGCAGGAAGGUAAAUUUCUGUCAGCAUGAACCACCUGACCUGGAUAGAGGUUGAUACCACAUAUCCUCCUUCUGAGCUGGAGAUUAUCCCUUGUUAGAGCUAAACCACCCAGCCCACCACAAAAGACUUAUCAAACUCAGCAUGUUGUUGUCAAAAGCAAACUAAGAAUGUCCUGCUCAGCUUCUACAUAUUAAUAUUCUACUUCAUAGAAAGUGAAAGAUGCUAAUAUACAUACAGAUAUCUUAGUGUUUGUGUGACUAGCCCUGAUUGCUAUAGUACUAAGAAACAAGAAAUGCCUUUCUCUCAAUCUGAUUGACACUGAUAUAUACAGGCAUGAUCUUCUUUACAAUCCAUAAUACAGCAUGCAUGGUGCAUAUAGUCAGCUGACAUUUACAUCAGCUCUAACUUGAGUCCUGUCUUCUAUGGGGAAACUUUCUCAUCCUUGAAAUUCUUCACUUUUUAUUCAGUUAAGGGUUAAAAUUAACUUGAACUAAAAACCAACCAUAUUUGUUUUUCGGCAAUGAUAAUAAUGCUAGUACUACAAGUUACUACUCAUCUCAGGCAAGCAACAGGGUUUGGUUGCUUCCUUUCUCACCUGCUUCCAGAGGGCUAUCUUAGAUGUCUUUUUCAAGCGUCUGAUAGCAGGGCCUAACACUCACUGUACUGGGUGA